AUGCUUACAACCGCGAUCGACAAUGACACCCGAGGGUGGAUUUUGACCGUCGUGAGUGGCUUGGCAUGCAUUCUUGGAUCAACCAUCAUUUGCGUCGAUGUCCCCAUCCGCUUUUUCAACAUCAAGAGCAAGUUUAGUAUACAGGGGAGCAAUGUCUUCAUAUCAGGCUCGUUGAGUCUGAGUUUUGGGGUUAUGAUAUUUUCGGCCUUGUUUAGCAUGCUUCCGUCUGCUUUGCGAUACCUCACUACGGAGGGGCGGGACGAGAAGACCGCAGGCCUCAUCAACAUGGGCUGUUACAUUGCUGGCUUUUUCGGCAUUCAGGUCGUCUCCCGAGUCCUCCAUCGAUUUAUACCCUCCCACGUUGUUGGGUGCGACCAUUCCCAUAACCCACACGCAAAUGUGCAACAUCAGCCCCAUUAUGAUGAUCAUCAUCACCAGCCGCCUUGGGCGAGCCGCACCCAUGGACAGUCCGUCACGACGCUAUCCUCGGAAGCUCCAGAAACACCAACCAUGGUUGAAGUGAAUGGGCAUGCGACCGAAUCAACUCCCCUGCUACCGACCGAGACCGACCACGAGGCGCAGUCAGUUCCCCCAGUCAGGCCUAAUCUUCUUGGUCGUUCACAUACCGUUGGAAGACAGACCCGCAGCACCAGCGGCAUCCAAAGCAGACGCCCAUCCGUACGCCAGAUGACGAGCAGAGUACUAUCGUUUGUGAAGGACACCAAGCUUCACUGCGAUGGCGAUGGCCCGUGUUUCGGAUAUACGGAUCCUUGUGGGCAGGAGUGCUUCAGACACAUUGGUGCGCGCUCCAUCCCCCCUGGGCGUCCCGCCACCCUCCCAGUCAUACGUUCCGGAGAGUCCGUGGGUACUGGCGAGGUACCAGAUUCCCUCAACAGUCCCAUAUACCAAGUACGGAGUCGAACCUGUUCCAGAGAGUCGUCUGUCGGUUACGCAGACCGUGCCGACCACGAUGGACACGACGAUCACCAUGACGGAGAAAAUCACGACACUGGCUAUUCAGCAGUAGAGGAGGAUAUCGAGGCUCAACACCAUCAUCACGUACCGACAAACGCCUUUCUCUCUAUCGGCCUGCAGACUGUUAUAGCCAUUGCGCUUCACAAGUUUCCUGAGGGCUUCAUCACCUACGCCACCAACCAUGUGAACCCUUCGCUCGGCUUCAAUGUUUUCAUGGCCCUGUUCGUUCAUAACAUCGCCGAGGGAUUCUCCAUGGCCCUGCCCCUGUACAUGGCGCUGAACAGCCGGUUCAAGGCCAUUGCCUGGGCCACAUUACUCGGUGGUCUCAGUCAGCCGCUGGGCGCCGGAGUUGCAGUGCUGUGGUUCAAGGUUGCCAAGCACAGCAACAUCACGAUCAACGGCACAGCAUAUGGAUGUUUGUUUGCCGUCACUGCGGGUAUCAUGACCAGCGUGGCACUGCAGCUCUUUGGGGAGAGCUUGAGCUUGACCCACAACAGGAACAUGAGCAUCUUCUUUGCUUUCCUGGGUAUGACUCUGCUUGGGGUCUGCGACGCCAUUGCCGAUGUGUAG